AUGACUACCGACAAGAAGUGCGACUCGGCCGAGCUCGAACAUGUCGUUCAUUCGGAGAAAGGGGCUGUCAACACCUUCCUCGUCCUGGUUUGCGUUGUAUUUGGCGGGGCGUCAUUCAUGUUUGGCUAUGACGAUAAACUCAUAUCUUCUGUUGCGGCAUUGACGCCAUUCGUCGAGAAAUUUCAAGGACCCAAUCCAGCAACGGGUGAAUAUGCUCUUACGGCGCGCAACCAGAAUCUAGUGAUAUCUGUCCCUUUAGUGGGCGCUGUGAUCGGUGGUUUGCUGGCGUCACCACUGAACUUCAACUUCGGCCGUAAGUGGCCUCUGGUUGCUGCUUAUAUUUUAUCCAUUGGCGGUGGUCUUCUUCAAGUAUUCUCACCUAAUCUGGGAGCUUUUGUCGGCGGAAGAUCUAUCAAUGCCGUUGCUUUCGGUAUCGCCACUGCUACGGCCCCUCUCUAUCUCGCAGAAGUUGUUCCGGCGUCUAUGAGGGGCAGAAGUGUCAGUUCAAUUAACAUCUUGAACCUCACGGCCGGGGUAGUUGGCACCGUUAUAGUCUGGGGCACCAAAAAGCUCGGUGGCCACUUAUCAUACCAAAUUCCACUGGCUGUACAAUCAGCUGUUCCUGUCAUCCUUUGUGGGAUGACAAUACCCCUUCCAGAAAGCCCCGAAUGGCUCAUAUCAAAGGGUAACAUGGAACAAGCCCGGAUCAAUCUACGCAAACUCCGUGGCUUCAGCGACAAGCAAGUCGAAGACGAACUCAGACUCAUGGAAUUCUGCGAAAAGAGUAAUCAAGAAAUCCGCUUUGAAACUAAAUUCUGGCAUAUAUUCAAGCGAGAGCAUCUCAGACGCACCCUAGUUGCGGGCUCCUUCUUUUCUCUCAACCAAAUUUCUGGUAUUAUUUUGUCGACCACAUACACAACUAUCUUCCUGACACAAUUGGGGAUCGCUGAUCCUUUUUCACUGACAAUCAUCUCAUCCUGCUGUACUCUAGCGGGUACCAUUGCAGCCCCAUUCGUUGUCGACCGCGCUGGUCGGCGUCCGACAGCCUUCGUUGGCAUGAGCAUUUUACUUAUUAUAGAUGCGGUGGCUGGUGGUCUCGCCUUUGACAGAAGCAACAAACACGCUACUCUCGCUAUCGCCGUACUAUCAUUCGUGUUUAAUUUCUUCUGGGCUUCCUCAUUUUUCUCGUUAUCGAACCUGAUGCCCUCUGAGAUGGCGACUCCGAAGCUUCGCCAUCAUACCAUGUCCUAUACCAUCGCCUGCGCAGAGAUCACUGCUGUUAUCACUACACUUGUUGUGCCGCAGUUGACAUCGGCGGAUGCAGCCAAUCUCGGUGCGAAGACCUAUCUGGUCUUCGCCGGAUGCAUGACUGGCAUUAUUGUCUUCAUGUAUUUCCUGAUGCCCGAAACUCGUGGCCGCACAUUUGCGGAGAUUGAUGAGAUGUAUGCGGCUAAAGUGCCAGCUUGGAAGUGGAGAUCUUACCGGGCCUCGAUAGAAGCGCGGACCGGGAAGUCUGUAAGAAACACUUUGGGCAAAGAGAUAGACAUUGGGAAUCAACCUUCACAGGCCAGUACAUAG